GUUGCGAGUUAAAAUCCUCUCUAGUUGUGCGAUCCGCUCGUUCUUGGCAUUUGUUUAUACCCUUACGCGUACGUCCGUAUAUUUAUAUUUUUUCUUUUGUGUUUUAUUCGUCUGUUCGUUGGUUAAAACGUAUGACGUGCGCGCAGGUCAGCUGCGACACGAAUCUCUUAUGGAAAAAGGCUGAUUAUUUUAAUAUGUUACGGACAGCUGAGCUUGCAAGUUUUGUCAAUUACUCCCGAAACAGUGAUUGUUGUUAUUCAAAUUCGGUUGAGUAAAUUAUAAUUUUAUACGGAUGAAAGUGAACUUGGUUAGCAGUAGAAAGUGAUAACCAAAAUGGUGGAACCUAUUUUCGACUAUCAAUUUCGCCUCAUACUAAUUGGAGACAGCACCGUUGGAAAAAGUUCGCUUCUCAAAUACUUCACCGACGGCAAAUUCGCCGAGUUGUCGGAUCCUACUGUUGGAGUGGACUUCUUUGCUCGCUUGAUAGAAGUAGAAGAUGGAACGAGAAUCAAACUGCAAUUGUGGGAUACAGCUGGCCAGGAGAGAUUUAGAUCGAUAACAAAGUCGUACUACAGGAAUUCAGUAGGAGCUUUAUUAGUCUACGACGUAUGUAAUCGGGCGAGUUUUGAGCAUAUUCCGCAGUGGAUGAUGGAAGCUCGGAGGCAUAUUGAGCCUCAUAGGCCAGUUUUUGCAUUGGUAGGAUGCAAACUUGAUUUGGUAACAAAUGGAGCACGGCGAGAAGUGUCGAAAGAAGAAGCAAGAACUUUCGCAGAUCAGCAUGGGGUGCACCACAUUGAAACGAGCGCAAAAACGGGAGUGAACGUAUCGGAAGCUUUUAGAACGGUGACUCAGGAGGUUUACAAUAGAAUCAAAAGUGGCGAGUAUAAGGUAGAAGAUGGAUGGGAUGGCAUAAAAACGGGAUUCGCGAGACCGAGUGGUCUGGACUUUAACCUCGUUGAAGCUGAACCAGCCAAAAGUUCUUGUUGCUGAGUUCCUUUCCUUUGCUUAUUCUUUGAAAGGAAACCAUGCUUCUCGUUCAAUAUCUUUUUAUCGAGAGAAUAAUAGGAGAAAGAAAAACGAAAAUUGUCACGUUCAAUUUAGCCAAAGCGGUAGAAAACCACUUUUUUGUACAUAUUUGAUAGUCUUUUGAAAUGACGAACGAGAUUUAAAAUUCAACAUGAAAAAUAGAUGCGCGAGUAUACGACCUUGCGUAAGGUUUUUUACUCAUUUUUUUUUAAUUGUCAAUGAUGCCAACGUUAUUUAGACUCCCCGACUUUUAGAUCCAGUACGAAAGAGUAAAAUAGAUACAAAAUGUGGCAGCUCGAAUAAAUCAACUCGAUGAGGAUCCUUGAUCCCAUAGAAUUGCAACGUCAAUAUCGUAGAUUUUUGAUCGGGGAAGAUAGAGAAAUGAAAAUUAAAAGAACAAAUUCAAUUUUAUAUAACCUACGUUCUACAAUCAACAAAAAUAAUAGUACGAGAAAAUUUACAUUUAUAUUUCUCAUGACGAAACUUGGUGUUCGCAACUGUAAAUACGUAGCCACGUAAAAGAAAAUCGUUUUUUUCCUUGUUUGUUUCCGUUUGUUAUUAACUUAUUUAACAUAUUUUUUCGUACCCUUAAACGUAAGCUGCAAAUUUGUCUCUGUUGAACGACCGAGUAUUUUUUAUCGAAAAAUUUUGCGAAGGCUCGACAACGAGUUAAUAAAAAAAAGAAAAAAUCAAUUUUAUUCACAGAAUAUUUACAAAACCUCGCAACGAGCGAAAACAUGCGUAGGUACACUGAAAUUCUUUCGCUUGGGCGCGUAUUCGUGUAAUAAAAUGAAAUAAUACGAAUUCUCUCUCCAUACACAUUUACGCGCUCAACGCCCUUAUGUAUAUAUACUUAUCGGGUAAUUAUACACUAUUUGAUAAUCUCGAUGUGUCUAACAAAUAAAUAAUGGGUACAUUGUAA